AUGAAGAAAAUAAAAAUAUUUCAUGAAGUAUUGCUGAAAGCUGUGACUCUAAUGGAAAGUGUAUUCCGGCGCCCCGUGAAUACCGAUAGAAAUAUAAAUGCAUCAUUGUACUUUGGAAAUCUAGAUUCUCAAGUCAAUGAGCUUUUAUUGUACGAGUUGUUGAUUCAGGUUGCUCCAAUCAAAUCACUAAAUUUGCCAAAGGAUAAAAUUCUAAAAACGCACCAAGGUUAUGGCUUUGUAGAAUUCAAAAAUGUUAGAGACGCUGAAUAUGCCCUAAAUGUUCUUAGAGGAAUAAGGGUCUUCGGCAGAACGUUAAGAAUUAAGAGGGCAGAUCCUCAUAAAAAUCAGCUGGCUGUAAAUUCAGUUUCGUUAUCAGAAAAUACGGAUGACGUCGAUGUGGGGGCAAAACUUUUCAUUAAGAACUUGAACCCUUUAAUAGAUGAUCAGUUUCUCGCAGAGACUUUUUCAAAAUUUGGAAAGUUGAUCGUACCUCCUUCUAUUGUGAAAGACUCUGAUACCGGUGAGUCGAAAGGUUACGGUUUUCUUACUUAUAAUGACUUUAAAGUCAGUGACGAGGUUAUAAAAAGGAUGAAUGGAAUAAUGUUAAUGAAUUCAAAAAUAUCUAUAAGCUACGCUUUCAAGGAAGAUCCCAUUAAUGGUCAUAAAAAGCCUGUAAAACAUGGAGAUAAAGUCGAACGAUUAUUGGCAGAGAACGCCAGAUCAAACAACGUAUUGCCACUGACAAAUUCUGCUUACUCUAGAAAGCUGGGGAAGUUUGCUAAACCAAAGUAG